GUGCCAGUAGCCUCCUUCCCAAAGCCAAAGAAAACCCUCACAGAACCUGCCGCCAAAUUCUUCUGCAAUUUUUGAACAAUGCUUCUUCUUCAUCAUCCAUGGCGUUCUUCCGAUCACUUCUCAAGACUUUAGCCUCCCAAUCCACCAAAUCCACCCGGCGGAACUCUAAUUCUUCUCCCGAUUUUCGAACAUUCUUCUCCCUCUCCUCCGCCACCGCCCAACCAUUCGCUAAUCGCAGCCCUGCAAUCGUCAGAGACCCCAUUUUUUCCCUUCACCGACACUAUUUUCUUCGAAGAAAUUUUCUUUCCCCUCUAUCCCUAUCUUCUCCCCUAUGGAAACUCUCUCAGUACGCGACGCCGGUUCACCUCCAAUCCGACAUCGUUUUGCUCAGGCUUCCAACAGUUCGGGAUUCCCUCCGGCUACCGUACAGAUUAGGGUUUCAGCUGGCCCCGGAGAAAGUGUUGGAGGAGGAGAGAAAGAAAGAGGAUAGGGAGCUGACCAAGUCCCACCAUAUUAAUGAUUCUGAUGCGGCUGAUUCAGUCGCGGAUGUGACUCGUAGUUAUCUGAAUCUUCCCAAUUUUAUUUCUUUUGGCAGAUUACUCUCCGGCCCGUUGCUAGGAUGGAUGAUCACACAAGAAAUGUAUGUCCCUGCAUUUGUUGGUCUCGGUAUCUCUGGGGCGACUGAUUGGCUAGAUGGUUAUUUGGCAAGGAAGAUGAAGAUCAAUUCUGUGGUUGGUUCGUACCUUGAUCCCCUGGCUGACAAGGUACUGAUUGGAUGUGUUGCUUUGGGCAUGGUGGAUAGAGGGCUUCUGCAUCGUAAGUGCAUAAUGUUGUUUGUGUACAUUGGUAUUGCUAAAGGCAUCAACCUUUGUGCAAUUAGUCUACAUGAUAAUGUAUGGAACACCUGUUUCUUUUGAAACACCUAAUGUUGAUGUCAAGUUGUCAACUAUGUAUGUCAUCAACCAGAUAAUUGCGUUCCACGUAUUACAGUUCUUCCUUUCUCUGUUAUGUUAGAGUUUCUUGGAAUUGAUAUAAAAAGUAGAAUUAUAGGUUGAAAAUUCCUACACUCUAUGUCAUCAACCAGGUAAUUGCCUUCCAUGUAUUACAGUUCUUCCUUUCUCUGUUAUGUUAUAGUUUCUUGGAGUUGAUAUAAAAAGUAGAACUCUAGGUUGAAAAUUCCUUGGAGGAAUUAUGAUUACACAUACCCCCAGGCAAGUCUGGCUUUCAUCUGCUACUGUUAAUAGAAAUUUAACUUGCUAGACUGAAGUUUUGACCGACAUCAACCUCUAGAUAAUUUCCUUUUAUGUUUUUGAUAUUUGCAGCUGGACUUGUUGCACUUGUUGUGCUGCGAGAUGUUGCCCUUAUUGGUGGUGCUGUGUAUAAGAGAGCUAGCAGUUUGGAGUGGCAGGUUAGCAUGAUUAGCUAACUGUAUGCCUUUUCAAAAAUUCCUUAUCUUUUUCAUUCUUGUUCCUGGCUCAUAAGUUAAAUUCUCUAACAGUGGAAGAGUUGGUCUGAUUUCUUCAACCUUGAUGGUGCAAAACCUGAGAAAGUUGAACCUCUCUUCAUCAGCAAGGUAUGGUUUAUGACUUCAUAUCAUCUGGACUGUGAAAUGGUGCCACAUUUGAUGAUUUGUUGACCAUGGGGAGAAUUAAAACCAGGAAUCUCUCUUGGCAUAACGAUGGACUCUUUUUUUUCUUUUUUUUUUUAAUUCCUAUAUUGUGGAUGACAGAUAAUUUUAUUUUGGGAGGAUGUUGCAUAGAUAAGUUACUUGUUUUGGUUAAUAAUUAGUUUCUUGCUAAAAGUUUGACCAAAAAUUGGAAGGGAUAUUCAAAUUGGAACUGUAAAGCUGACUUCAUGUAGCCAAAAAUGGAUAGAGCAUCUUGAUUCACUCCUGAACUAUCCUUUACCUUGACAGGUUAACACAGUCCUCCAGUUGGUGUUAGUAGCUGGUGCUCUGCUGCAACCCGAGCUUGGUAACGAGGAAACUCUCUCAUACAUCACAUAUUUAAGGUCCUCUGUCCUUGAUCUACUCUACCAAUUUAUUAGUUUGCAGUUUACAUUCAGUAUUUGUCAUUUUAUUUGUUCUGUCCAAAUUGACUCCAUAUCAACAAACGGCUUUGUUUUUUCCCAGUUGGUUCGUUGCUUUAACGACGCUGGGUUCAACUGCGGCAUAUGGAGCUCAACACAUUAGAACUGGAUCUAAGUUGAAAUAUCGCCUCUAGGAUUGUAGAGAGGUUCUGUUGUUGUAGAGAAAGCAGAGCUGUAUUUAGUGUUGAGUCUUUGCCCUCUUUUUUUCUUAUCAGAUACCGCAUCAGUCAAGGUAGAUUUGAUGUAUACUUUAUUUUGAAUUAGAUUAAACUUAUGGUUAGUUUCUUGACGAAAAUGCUUUAGCUGCAUUUUGACAUAAUUACAUGUCAAAGUUCACAGAAUGGAUAACAUAUCCUGUCUUUUUUCAUUCAUUGAAUUAAUAUACCAUAGUCUCAAAUUAAU